AUACAACUCCCGAGCACAAGGGGAUGUCCAAAUCGGACGACAAGGUGGACGAACUUUCGAAGGCUUUAAUAGGAUGGCUUUGCAUGGCUAUGACCCUUAGCUUCACCCCGUUGACGUUCCCUCUGCUUAGCCUCAUCGCAGGAUUGCCAGUCUUCCAAGCCAGCCACCCCUAUCCUCACGUAGCGCCAUCAACAACUGCGUUGUUAAGAUGUUCAACUCACCGGAUUGGGUGUUCUCUAUAUUUGCCUUCAUCGGAUUCUUGUGCUGCAUGAUUCCGCUUCCCUGGCAUUUGGAGGCUUGGAACACUGGAACCUGUCUUUACAUGAUCUGGACUGGCCUAGGCUGCUUGAUCCACUUCAUUAACUCAAUUGUUUGGAGGGCGAAUAUGAUUAACUGGGCCCCAGUGUGGUGUGAUAUCACCACCAAAUUCAUGAUCGGGCUUUCCGUUGCUAUUCCUGCAUGUUCUCUCUGCGUAAAUCGUCGUCUCUACCACAUCGCAUCAGUUUCUUCGGUCACGAAGACGAAAGCUCAGAAGAGGCGCGAUAUUAUGACCGAUCUGGCUAUCGGCGUCGGUAUUCCCGUCCUGGAGAUGGUUCUGCAUUAUAUCGUGCAAGGACAUCGGUUCAACAUCUUUGAGGAAAUCGGAUGUUAUCCGGCCACUUAUAACACCCCUCCUGCAUAUGCACUGGUAUUUACAUGGCCCUUGAUCAUUGGAUGCAUCUCCGCUUAUUAUUGCGUCCGCACCAUUAUGGAACUAGCCCAGCGCAGGGCGCAGUUCAUGGAGUUCCUUUGUGCGAACAAGAACCUGAAUUCCAGCCGUUACUUCCGCCUCAUGGGUCUUGCUGGCAUUGAAGUGUUAUGCACGCUUCCUCUGGGUGCCUAUGUCAUCUACCUCAAUGCUACUGCCGAAGACAUUUACCCCUGGAUCAGUUGGGCGGACACACACUCCGACUUCUCUCAUGUCGAUCAAAUUGCGUCAUAUUUUUGGCGCCAGAGCAAUCCUCUUACGCUAUCGCUUGAGCUCACCCGGUGGCUCGUCGUCAUCUGCGCACUCGUAUUCUUUGCUUUCUUCGGAUUCGCCGAUGAGGCCAGGAAGAACUACCGCCUUGCCUAUGUUUCAGUUGCGAAGCGCGUGGGUCUUUCGACAGCUGGUACUGUGUCGACUGGAGGGUCUUGGACCGCCAAUGGUUCGAAGUCCGGGAUGGCGUACAACAGCCGUGCUGGCACAAUACCCGUGUUCAUUACUUCACGCACCGAACGGAAGCGCGAUUCUCUCACUUCGUUCUCCACCGACAUCUCCAUCGGCGACUUCAACAACACAUUUGACGAUGCUAAGGAAAUUCCAUACUCGCCAACAGACACUGUAAUUGCCACGGGCUCGAUAUCAAAGGAGUCGCGUCCGAGCACGCCUGUUGAUGGACAGACAAUCCCCCUGCCAGACACACCUAUUGUUGUGCGGCCUGACCCCACACUUGACAUCAACUCAGUCAUCCACGUCGUUGCCCAUUCACCUGAAUCGCGACGCAAUUCAUUCGAAAUCGUUUGAUCUCAAAAUCCACAAAAACAAUCCGCUUUCUUGCUUUCCGCUUUCUCUGCAUAGUUUUGUUUUAUUGUAUUGUUAGCUCAUUCACUGGCACUCCCUGGAAUCUGGACGUGGCGACUCGGUUUUGAUUUGUUCGGAUACCCACUACUCUCGACUACCUUAUCACUAUCUGUAUGAAAUCGUUUAGACACUGUAGCAUUCCUCCACGAUAGGUCGGCCAAAUUGAAAUAGAUCAUCUUCAAACAUGAGAUGGAACACGCGGG